AACUCCCUGUUAUUCCUUAACACGGCGCGCCGGACGACGGAAAGUAAUUUCGAACCGGAAACCUAUCGAGAAUAUCCACGAUUAACGACGUCUUCAAAAGGAAUUUCGUGAUUUUGCAAGACCAGGAACGCAGUGGAAUAUAUUUGCAGAUUUUGAUGCUUGGCUAUUUGGGUGACAUCUCCAAAAAGGGAGCUUCUACUUGCGGAAAACCAAACGACCACACCUAAAACAGGCGACCUCCAAAAAUCGAAAUCUCCUGUUGGUUACGCCCGUGCUGCCGGGUACAGUUACGCUCCAGCGUUUGGUAGACAAGGAUAACAAAGCGCGGGAAUCUACCGGUAAUAGUUACCAACAAAAACACAAAAAGUGGAGUAGACGUUCAGAUCCAACCCGCCAUGGCUGUUUUGUCGAGGAGGGGUGUGCUAUUGGCAUUUUUAAGCUCGAUUUUGGCUGGCGUUUGGUGCUACCCAUCCGGUGCUCCCACCGGUGCCUGCGUGUCGAUGCUACCCGGCCACACCGACAACAACGGAGUGCAAAUCCCGGGCCAAGACCGCUCAACAAGUCCCUACACCGUUACGGCUGAUGCUGUCGACUUUGUCGCAGAGCAGACGAUCACUGUCACAGUGUCGGGAUCGGUACAGUUCCUGGGCGUCCUCUUGCAGGCUCGCCUCGUUAACACCAGCACUCCCGUUGGAACCUUCACCCCUGUCUCCAGUGGACUCAAGACAAUCACAUGCUCCAGUGCGGGUGACGCUGUGACCCAUUCAGCGAGGCUCCAGACCACGACCAGCAUCAGUGUGGAGUGGACGGCCCCUAUCCAAGACAUCAGCGACAUUGAAUUUGUAGCCACAGUUGUGUAUACUGAAGAGCUAUUUUGGACACAACUGAAGUCGUCAGUCAUUGCAGCGGUGCCAGAUGUGUGCGACCCAAAUCCUUGUCUGAAUGGCGGGACCUGCUUCAAGACCGGAGAUAAACGGUCCUACUUCUGCGGUUGCCCGACGAACAGCAACCUAGGGCUCCAUUGUGAAGUCAUUUUGAACCCUUGUGAUCCGAACCCCUGCCGUAACGGCGGCGAGUGUUACAGAAGUGCCGUGUCAACUGCAAGCUAUGUCUGCCUGUGCUCUGGUCCUUUUGACGGCCACCAUUGCGAAAAUGUCACGGCUCCGUGUUCACCGAACCCUUGCCUGAAUGGUGGGAUCUGUGUGGAGUCAAACGGCACAUUCUCUUGCUACUGCCCCGUCGAUCGCCACGGGCCCCUCUGCGAAAAUCCGGUCAUCUCCUGCAGCGCUAACCCCUGCCUUAAUGGCGCCACCUGCCUUAACACGGCAACAGGUUACGAGUGCAUCUGCACAUUCGGAUGGUCGGGGGACAACUGCGGAACAAGCCUGACNUGCACAGCGGAUUCCUGCCUCAACAACGGAACCUGUUUUGACAGUAGUCCGGCCGGGAGCAUGAUGUAUCACUGCCAGUGCGGUAUCUACCACACAGGGAGUCGCUGCGAAACCGCUGACCCGUGUCGAGCUAACCCGUGUGCCAACGGUGGAACCUGCACACAAGUUGGUGAUACCGUCGACUUCACCUGCUCCUGCAUUAAUGGCUUUGAGGGGGACCAGUGUGAAACAACCACCAAUCCUUGUCUGUCCAGUCCAUGUCUGAAUGGUGGCAAAUGCUUCCGGGAUGCCGAGGGGAGGACCUUCUGCCAGUGCCCGUCCAACUACACCGGAACAACCUGCCAAACAAGAGUUCAUCCAUGCAUGCUGCCAAUCACGCCUUGCAUGAAUGGAGGAACCUGCUUCAAUGGCAACGGAUUUACGUACUUCUGCUCGUGUGUCAGCGGCUACUCUGGUCAAAACUGCGAAGUGCUUACUGAUCCGUGUGUAUCCGCCCCGUGUCUCAAUGGGGCAACAUGUCAACUGGGGACAGGAGAUGAACCCUACGUCUGCAUGUGCCCUGUGGAGUUUUUCGGCCUCAACUGUCAGAACCGAGGUGCUUGUUCUGGGGUAACCUGUGCAAAUGGAGGUACCUGCGUGCCCCGCGAAGACCAGCUGGCCUACACUUGUCAGUGUGCGCCCUCAUACGACGGAGAUUUCUGCCAGUAUGCAAACAAUUGCGAACUCAACAAUUGCUGCAGUGAGGGGUCCACCUGCAGGUAUAUUGGACAGGGUUUCACAGAGUGCACGUGCCCCCGACGGCCUUGUUACAACUUUCUGAUUCCUGCCGAAAUGGGGGGGACGUGCGUGCCUACCGGGGGCGGCAACCGCAGAUGUGAUUGUCUGGCGGUCUACUCGGGUACCGACUGCGAAAUUUACACAGAUCCAUGCACCCCGGAACGAAAUCCCUGCUUGAACGGCGAGUGCAGAAUUGUCCUAGACGCAACUAGGAGCAGCAGGUGCAUUUGUGAGGCAGAUUACCAGGGGGAGAAUUGUUCCGUUUACAACGGAACAGCUGGCUGUGACACAAUCCAGUGUUUGAAUGGCGGCGAAUGCAUCAAUAGCGUGCAAGCUGGACCUGUAUGCGUCUGUGGAGAUGACUUCUCCGGACUGCGCUGCGAGACGCCGAUAAAUCUCGCGCCAACCUUCACCGGCUGUCCCAGCGGGGUCAACCCAUCCUUCCCACUGAACCAAGGCUCCAAUAUGGCCUUCAUUGACCUGAGGAUCACCGCCGUGGACCAGCACAACCGACCCCUUUCGUUGACGGUGACUGACGGUCUUCAGUUCCCGAGCACAAUCACUUUCACCGAGGAAUACCGGCCGGGCAAGGCCAUCACGGUACUGGCUGUGGACGGUGAAGGCAGGAACAGCACGUGUUCGUUCUUGCUGCGAAUCUUCGAUAACGAGAGUCCCUCAGUUGAAUGUCCAGGCGAAGUCUCGGCUAUCACAACCGAAGAUUCCGUCACCGUCGUCUUCCCUACAGCCACAGCGACGGACAACCUUGGAAUAACCGAGCCUCUGCAGUAUACCCCGGCCAACGGCUCCCAGUUUGCCGUCGGUGCCAACACGGUCUUGGCCAAAGCGCUCGACACCUUUGACAACCAGGGGGAGUGCAGCUUCAAGGUCGUCGUACAUAAGAAGGAUUCUGACUGCACGGCAUCCACCAGCCCAGACAACGGAGCGUCGGAAUGUGUUGUUGACGGAGAGCGUCGGACCUGUGCCGUCAGCUGCAACGAAGGCUUCGGCAAUGCCGUGGGCAUCGAGCAAUACACGUGCAGAUAUGAGAACCCUGCGUACUGGGAGCCCAGGCCGAACACAGACAUAUGUGUCCCAUUCAAACCUGGAAAUGGUAUCAGCAAAGUGGUGUCCAUUCGCUUCAGCAUUGAGUCCACUUUGUGCGAUGCGGUGGACUUUAUGAGCUCUGUUGUAGACAGCCUGACCAGCUCACUGCAAGCACAAGGUGUCUGCGAUCCAAAUGACUCUUCCAUGUCAUGUGGCAUCGUGGCAGCCUGCGGCAACGGCGGCAGCAGCAGCCGCCGUAGGAGGGCCAAUACCGACUUGGACGCCGAGGUGGAGCUCACAAGCCUGGCCUCGGAGGGGGACACCAACACAGACGUCCUGGCCAGGCUUGACCAGACCGUGGACAUCGUGCAGGCGGCGGCCGUGACUGGCUCCCUGACCGUCGAAGUGGACGGCACAACUUUCACCAACGAGCCCACUGCAUAUGGGGAGUCUGAUGCCCGCUGGAAUUGCAAACCCGGCCAGAUUAUUAAAUCGAGUGGAUGCUUGUCCUGUCCGCCUGGUACCUUCCACAAUACCGCCAGCAACACCUGCAGCUCCUGCCCAGCCAAUACCUACCAGAACAAACCUGAGCAGGAGAGCUGCACCCCUUGUCCCGAGGGCAGUGAAACGCAGCAAACCGGCGCCUUCAGCGCUGAACACUGUGUAAAGACAGGCAAAGAGCCCGUGGUUGGCCCCUGGACGCCGACCUUGAUCGGCAUCGUGGCUGGAGCAGGUGGUCUCAUCGUCCUCUUACUGGUCAUCCUUGCCUGCGUGUAUGUCGUCAGGUCCUCCCGCCACCGCUCGAACAAUUCGCAACAGGACAAGAACGGGUCCCUAUCCAACUUCACUCACCUCAACAAGGCCUACGACGAAACGGACGAGCCCGAGAUGCAGUUCCACGGUGGGGUGUCACUCUCCAGUGACACCACCUACCAGAACGUGGUGGACGAUGACGUGCUGGACACGGGCAGCACUGACCACCUGGUGCGCAUCCCCAGCCUGUCCCAGUACAGCGACUACUAUGCCACGCUUAAUGCCCGCUCGGCUCCCGUGCCCGACACGCCACCGCCGCCCCCUCCAGUUGCGGCUCCUGCCCCUCCGCAGGUCAACGGGGGGCCUCCCUCACCCCCUCCUCCUCCCCCGGGGCCCGACCUCAACGCCAACAAUUCCAACGCAGGUGCUGAUCACACCUACCAGAACGGCGACGUUGCAAAUGUGGGUGGCAAGGCCAAGUUCCAAGUUUGAUCCGAAAUUAGCUCCGCCUUCCACCAGAUCACUUGCAUAACAGAGUUGCUGAAGGGAGCCAAGUUAACAGCAAACAAGGUCAGUGAAUGGGUGUCGCUGGAAAAUAAGUGUCUCGUCAAAUGAUGUAGGUCUUAUUUCCAAGCCAAGGAAGAUACCGGUCAUUAUACCGACACAGGGUAACCAUUGAUAGAUAUUUCAGAAGUUGCAUCACAGUGCUCCCUUUCACAAAGAACAUCGAGCCUUACUCUCUAGUCUACUCUCUAGAUGUCACACACUUCGUGUUACACUUACUGUACCAAACGUCUUAUGUUUAACAAUAUGUUUGCUUGUCUAAGUUUGCAGUUAUAGUCUGCCAAUGAAUAUCUUUGUAGCCACCGUUCGCAUGUAUUGAGUCAGAGAGAGGUGCUCUUGCAGAUUUUAAAGCAGUUUGCAAAGUUUAAAAACUGAAUCUGUCUUUGUAAAAUUUGAUACAAACUUUGUAAGAUAAUUUACAACAACACGUAUGCCUUUUUUAGUCCUUUCUUUCUCUUUGAAUAAUGUUUGACCUUAUUGGCUGGCCAGUAAGAUAUAUGUAGUCUCAGUGAAUGAAAUCUAUAAUUUAGGUGUGAUGAUAGGAUGUUUAUGGCCAGUUAAUGUUCCUUUUUUUUUUUAACAUCAGUUGUCAUGUUUGUGAAAUUCGCAUUUCAAACGAGCCCAGGGUUUAUUUCACAUGGCCUAACUGCAAACCGGCCGCCUAUUUCCUCUGCGCAGUGUGGUAACAAACCAUUUUUUUUUUUUAUCGCAAGUACAUUUUUGUACUCUGUGAUUGCCAACAGUCUGACUACGGAGGAUCCGCUGUCGGCAAAUAGACUCAAAAUACCAUAGCCGGUACUCAUUCUACAUCGGUGAUUUUUGGACGUUAAUGUUCGUCUGCAGCUGUUCUUUGAAAAGUUUGUUUUCUGAAUAGUGGCUGUGUUGAAAUCUACAAAGGUUGUGGGUGAUAAAACUUCAUCUAGGGAUCUACAUGUAUCAACGUAUGCUUUGUGCUUAUCUGGGUACGCGGUAGUCAUCAUGGUCCAAAUCUGUAACUUGGUGUUUUUUGGAACAGUUCGUCUCUUCAAUGAAUCUCCAUUUUUAAUCAGAGCGCUGGAGGUCUGCCAGUGGAAAAGUCAGUCGGAGAUGCAAAGACAAGGGUCGACUUACAUCAGGAUGUCGUGUUCAUGUUUGAAAACCCAAAAUUUGCAAUAUCACAGUAGUCAUUUUAUGCAAUGAAGCCGAUUGUAUAUUUUUGUACUUUGGUAUGCAUAUAUACAGUGUACAUGUAUACUGUGUAAGAUGUUCUUCAGAAAAUGUUUGAAUCUGAAUAACAUAAUCUGAAUUUUUACAAAGAGUUACCGAGAUAUGCUUUGAAGAACUGAGGUCAAACAAAUUAUUGGCAUCGUCUGUGCUUUGCUUGUUAUUUCAGUGAAACCAUUUUUAUUUAAAUUGUAUUGCUGUCUGUUGC